GUUGUCUGUUUGACAACACAUUUGAUAAGAAAAUCAAAAAACAAUUGAAAACAAAAUCAAAUGAAAUGAAUAACUAUUUGACAUCCGAUACGUCGGCCGAUGAGCUGAUCCGGAAGGAGAGUCUUCAGCAAAGACACUAUCAGUUGCAGAACGAGUUGCAACAAAUGGCUCAGGAGUUGCCCAAUCUAUAUCAACAGCGAAUGCCAUACGAAUUGCUGUCCAAUUUAGCCAAUUGUCUGUUAGACACUUCCAUCGGACAGAUUGUCACCGGACUUAAGGACAUCCAACACAUCACCGAAAAGACACUCUUCGAGCGCCGCAUGAGAGCUGUCGGCCAUUUCAGAGAGAUGAAAGUAGAGCAGCAGAAGAAGCAUCGGUUGGCACUUCAGGACAGGUCUAUGACUCCCGAAAUGGUCGCUCACGAGGAAAGGAAACUGGACCGACAUAUAGACGACGAGACAAAUAAAAUAGAUAUGAAGACAAUCACUGAAUUGGAUCAAGCGGUCAGUGAACAACAGCUAACCCUCGAGAGGGCCGGCGUUCCCGGCUUUUACGUGACCAGUAAUCCGACUGAAAUCCAACUCCAGAGGUAUAUCUUGGACUUCAUUGUGAGGACGUGUACGGAUCAGACACAGCAAUAGUGGUGUCUAUUUUGAUAUUUAU